CUCAAAUGAAAAUCCUAACCUACAUUUUCUUCUGUAUUUUGAAUUGUAGUUAAGUGUAUGAUGAAAUUUAUAGAAAUGAACUUCAUAAUUAGAUAAAGUUAAUUAAAAACACAAAAACAUUUACUAUUGUGAUUUUAUUAAAAGGCAAUUACCAUGCUCAGAGCAUUGGCAAGCAUUUAUAUCGAGGGCCAGGGAGUAUCUCGAAGAGAUGUUUUUAAAGUAUUCCGUAUAUGUGCUCAUUCCAGUGCAGCCAGUGAUGAACAGCGUACAAGAAAGUUGAGGAGAUAUAGAACGACAGUUUUAAGUUCCACUGGAGCAAAGACGACAAAAACGAAAAGAUCAAGCCAUGCAACAUUUAACAAAGGUGAAGGGGAAUCCUCUCAACCCCCACAACCACCGCGCCCGCCGCCGCCGCGCCCUCCACGCGCAUGGUCUGCUCUCGCUGCACUCACUGCACUCACGGCAUCAUUGGGUGGAGUGUACUGGUACCGCAAAAUGAGCGAGGACGUCGAGGAGAAGAAUACAACGAUAACGAGUGAUGAGAAAAAGGCGGAGGAGACAGUCGAAAUCGCAAUUCCGGCCAUCGGAGAGGCUCUGCCGGCUCACGUUCAGUACCUGCUCGUGGGCGGCGGUACGGCCUCGUUCGCGGCCAUGCGCGCCAUCCGCAGCGCCCGACCCGAUGCGCAGGUACUCAUCGUGGCCGCCGAGACCGCGCUGCCCUACAUGCGUCCCCCGCUCAGCAAGGAGCUGUGGCGCGAACCCGAUCUCGCCGCGCGCGCCACCAGCCCCGACGCACUCACCUUCCGGCAGUGGAACGGACGCCGCCGCAGCGUGACGUACGAGCCGAACGCCUUCUAUACCCCGGCGGAGAAGCUCCGAGAGGGGGGCGCGGGAGCGGGGGUGGCGCGCGGCUGGCGCGCGACACGGCUCGACCCGGCGCGGCACUCGGCCGAGCUGGCGGCGCCCGGAGGCGCGACGCACACCGUCACGUACGACAAGUGCCUGAUCGCCACGGGAGUGCGCGCGCGGCGCGUGGCGGGGCUGCGCGCGGCGGCGGCGGCGGGGCGCUCGCUGGCGCUGCGCGGCGUGCGCGACGUGGCGCGCCUGGCGGCCGCUUUGGACGAUCCCGCCGUGCGCAGCGUGGCCGUCGUCGGUGGCGGCUUCCUCGCCUCGGAGCUCGCCGUCGCGCUCGCCGACCGACUGCGCGAGGACGGCAAGAGAGUCAUUCAAGUGUUCCGCGAGAGCGCUCCGUUGGCGGGGGUGCUACCGCGAUAUCUGGCAGACGAUGUCGCGGUUCGUCUCACCGCGGCCGGCGUCGAGUUGCUACCCGACGCGGAGGUGACGGAUUCGUCGGUGCGGGACGGACGCGUGACCGUGCGUCUGUCGUCGGGCGAGCGGCUGGAGGCGGACCUGGUGGUGGAGUGCGUCGGCAGCGAGCCCGAGGCGGAGCUGGCGCGCGAGUCGGGACUCGAGCUGCACCCCGAGCUGGGUGGCGUGCUGGUGAACGCGGAGCUGCAGGCACGCUCCGACGUGUUCGCGGCGGGUGACGUGGCGUGCUUCUACGACGAGGCGCUAGGCCGGCGCCGCGUGGAGCACCACGACCACGCCGUGGUGUCGGGCCGCCUGGCGGGCGAGAACAUGGCCGCGCUGGCGCCGCCCCGCCACUACCAGCACCAGAGCAUGUUCUGGAGUGACCUCGGCCCGCGACUCGGCUACGAGGCUAUAGGUAUCGUAGACGCUCGACUGCCGACGGUCGGAGUGUUCUCGGCGGACGCCGUCGGAGACGAGGCGGCGGAGACGAGAGCGGUCGCCGAGGUCGGCGCGAGCGAGGCUGCGCCCGAGGCGGCGCGUGAGGCGGCGGCCGGCGGCGGCGCCCCGCGGCGCUACGAGCGCGGCGUGGUGUUCUACGUGCGCGAGCGGCGCGUGGUGGGCGUGCUGCUGUGGAACCUGUUCAACCGCAUGCACGUGGCCAGACAGGUGCUGUCGCAGGGCGAGUUCGACGAUCUCUUCGAGGUGGCCAAGCUGUUUUCGCCCCACGAGGAGGAUUAAUGUUACUGAGCAUUUACUGUACUGUAUAAAUUAUUUAGAAAUAAAGAUGUAUUAAACUAAA